UAUUGUGUCCAUUGCUUGCACGUGGCCACUUCCGGUACGUUAUAGCGAGUAGAUCUAGACAUGAAACUACAUCGAAAAGUUUCUCAUUCGUUCGCAGCGAUCACAUCGGCGAGGAAAUGCUCCCAUACUGGAGUGCUUAUACUCCAAUCUUGGGAAUAUGUAUUAAGGGAAUAUAUAUGUUUAUAAAAUCCUAAGAUAGUUAUAGCGUGACAAAUCUUUCUUUUGUGGGAGUAUACAAAGGCGUGUGGUGGGCCGUAAAUUUGCAGAAUAAACACUACUAAAUCCCGAGCGGUAUCAAUCAUAUUUACAAAUAAAUUCAAUCAAACUUUUUAGAUUGAAUGUACUAAAAACAAUCGAGAAUUCAAUAUAAUAGAUUUUUAAUAUCAAUGAUAGCCAAAAAUAAAUCUGUUGAAACGAAUAUUUCGUGACAGAGAAACUGAUGACUUCAUUGUGACGUUAUUGACAUGCGUCAAUCGACAAAAUCCGUGCACGAAAGAACGAUUUCAUAAUCAAUGAAAAUCGUUCCCGCAGGAAAUACGUUAAAAUUGGAAAGGUAAAGUCGUUUGUAUAGAGAAAAUACGAAAAGAUAGUUACAUUAGUGAAUUUGAUUGUUAUAACGGCCAAGAGGUCAGCUUUUUGACACAUCUAGUACUACUACUUGAAUGGAGAGCGGUCAACAGAAACAGUACCCAAAUAGCUCUAUUUUUGAUGAAUAUAAAGUACCUAUUCUGGUCUCCGAGAGAGAGAAAAGUUAUGGUACUGGAAAAGCAACAAGUAUUCUUCCAGAGCAUGUAAAAUCCAGUAAUCUCAAGUCCAUCGUAGCAGUAUUACUAGCAGGUAUUGGCUCGCUAUGUUUUGGUUAUUGUAUCGGGUAUUCGUCGCCUGCAUUGCUAGAUUUACAAAGAGACGACAGUUCUGUACACUUAGAUAAACCCGAAGGAGCUUUUUUUGCGUCCCUUGUAACUCUUGGUGCUAUUAUUGGCUGCCCUGUUGGGGGAGUUCUAUCAGAAAUAUGUGGACGAAAGGUUACAAUCAUGAUAAGCACAAUUCCAUUUACUUCUGGAUGGCUGAUGAUACAAUUCGCAGUCAAUAUGGCUAUGCUUGAUGGGGGUAGACUACUUACUGGAGUAGGGUGUGGAAUGAUUGCCGUUUCAUAUCCAGUAUAUGUUGCAGAAAUUGCAUCAUCUAAAUUACGUGGCACUCUUGGAUCUGUGCACCAGACUGCAAUCACAUUAGGAAUCCUUCUCUCAUAUGUUGUUGGUGUGUUUUGUGACUGGCGUGACACUGCAAUUCCAGGAAUUAUUAUGCCAGCUCUUUUAAUUCCAGUAAUGAUGUUCUUGACCGAUACACCAAGAUGGUACUUACAGCAUAAUAAGCGAAGUAAAGCCCUGAAAGCACUCAUGUGGUURCGAGGAAAGUCUUCUAUAACYGAAAUUGAGUGUCGUGAAACAGAGGAAUCUAUAGCGAUGCACAGGAACAUGCUGUGGAAAGAAUUCUGCAGACCAUCUAUAACAAGACCACUYGUAAUAGGUGUUGGUUUGAUGAUUUUCCAACAGACAUCUGGAGGCAUUGUUAUCAUCAUGAACUGUGCAAGCAUUUUUGCAAGUGCAGGAUUCUCGGAUGGUAAAGCAGUUUCUAUCAGCAUAGCUGCAGUGCAACUUCUUGUCAAUYUAUUAGCUUCUGGAGUUAUUUAUAGAGUUGGGCGCCGGACAUUACUUGUUUCUAUGGCAGUUGUCAUGGCAAUAUGUCAUUUUGGUAUUGGGACGUUCUUUCAGYUGUCGAGCAAUGAGGCAUGCAACUCAACUGUAAAUCAUAGGGACUUGAGUCACUCUAUUCCAGCCUGCGAGAUAUCCUGGCUUGCUAUUACCUGUAUCAUUAUAUUCAACAUUGCCUUCAGUAUUGCAUGGGGUCCUAUUCCAUGGAUUAUCAUUUCAGAGAUCUUUCCUCUUCGUGCUCGYAGCAUUUCAGGCAGUAUUGCAACAAUAUCUGCAUUUGCAUCAGCAUUUGUGUUGCUAUGGUGUUACCCAUAUAUGCAGUAUGCCCUGACCGAUUCUGGUUUGUAUUGGUUCUAUGGAGGCUGUUGUUUGCUCUCCUCCUUAUUUGUGUUCCUUCUUGUACCUGAAACAAGAGGACAAACUCUUGAAGAAAUAGAGAAUUCAUUUGAACCACCAAGAACUUACUCAGUCAUAGAAUAAUACAAUAUUUUGGCAAAAUUGAUACUUUUUUGAUGAUUAUUAUUGUCUUAAUUUGCAUAGAUUUAGUGAUUUUUGGCUGUUCAGCUAGUUCAUAAGUCAUCAAUGAAACAAACAUAUUUAGAAUAACUAUYAUCAUAAUUAUUAUAACCUUUCAACAAAUUUAUUAUUCAUAUUAUCAAUAUGGUAUAUACAAUAUUUAUUCAUCAUUUGGAUAAUAAGGCAAUAAAUGAAAUCAGAUGUUGCUGUAGGUAGGAUCCACUGUACUACCAGGACUCAAAUCUACUAUAUCUCCCAUGAAACAAUCUAUUUAAUAUAUUUCCAUACAUCAUUUUCAAUAUUUGAGUAUUGAUAUUUUAUAAACCAUAGUAAUUUGUAUUAAACGGAAUAUCUAUCUUGUAUUUCUCAUUAUUUG